GUCUUUGUGUCUUUUCAAUAAUCGUCUCUUGAAUCUUAUAUCCUAAUUGAAGAAGAAGAAGAAGGAUGAUGAUCACAUUCUUGCAGCCUUGUGUUCUCAAGUCCAAUAAUACUGUCAGUCGACAACAACUUAGUCGGAUAGAAAAGAGAAAUCACAAAUUAUGUUGUUUGCCUCGUUGCUAUAAUACAAGGUCACGAUCCUCCUAUUUUCCAAGUUGGGUUAUGCACUGCACGGAAAGAACUUUUGUGGCUAUCAAACCAGAUGGUGUCCACCGUGGUCUGAUUGGACGAACUAUUGCUAGAUUGGAAGAUAAAGGAUAUUCACUUGUUGCCUUGAAGUUGCUUAAACCUUCUAGAACGUUGGCAGAGAGUCAUUAUGAAUCCCUUCGGUCGAAGCCUUUUUUUGGUGACUUGGUAAGUUUUAUAACCAGUGGUCCUGUUUGUGCUAUGGUUUGGGAAGGAAAGGAUGUUAUUGGUCAAGUUCGAAAGUUGAUUGGAAAUACCGAUCCUUUGACUUGUGCACCUGGAACGAUUCGUGGAGACUUUGGUAUUGAUAUAGGUCGAAAUAUUAUUCAUGGAAGUGAUAGUAUCUCCAGUGCCGAAAGAGAAAUACAAUUGUGGUUUCAUUCGGAAGAACUGGUAGAUUGGAAUCCUAGUUUACAUGAAUGGGUAUAUGAAAAAGUAUUCAACUAGUCAAGAAAACUCAAUAACAUAUCGCAUUUGUUUCGAAGUACUUUUAAAGCUCUUAGAAAUAAC